AAUUCCUACUAUAGUCGAAUCUAAUAUUGGUAGUACCUCCAUAUUAACGUAUCCCAGCCUUCCACUUGCAUCUUCACAACUGUCUCAUUAACAUCAAAGGUUAUCUUCACAAUGUCUCGCCACCAGUUCGACCUUCUAAUGUGCCUCAAACAGCCGGGCACCACUGUGGCCAAGCUCUGUGAGAAGUGCGACGGGAAAUGUCCCACGUGUGAUAGCUACAACAGACCCACCAGAGAGACCAGAAUCUGUGACGAGUGUUCCUUUGGGAAGCUAAACGGAAAGUGCAUAUUGUGCGGGGGCCAUGGUGUCUCCGACGCGUUCUACUGCUUUGAGUGCUGUCGCUUGGAGAAAGACAGAGACGGCUGUCCGAAGAUUAUCAAUCUUGGUAGUUCCCGAAGCGAUAUGUUCUACGAAAAGAAGAAGCAGAAGCGAUUGGAGGGAUGAGCUUGAGAUUCAUUUUGGAUGCAUGCAUAGUUAAUGAAGCGAUGGCACCGAGAUCGCACGCAAAGAUGAGGCUAAAGGUUUGAUCAAAUUUAAAACCUUUAUUGUAUAGGGUUAGAGUAAUAGAAGGUAAUGGGUCAGA